UUCCCACUCAAGAGAAUGAAAGACACGAAAUAGCUGUUCCAGUAUCUGCUCAAAGCGUCUCCUGUGUGCAAUAUGUAGAUGAAGGUGGCGGGACAGCUGUAUUUUCCACUCCAAAUACUCAAAUGACUACUUUUUCAAUAUACACUGCUCCUGAAAAUACGAAUAUGUACACUCCUAAUCCCUCAGCUUAUUAUAAUUCAACAAAUAGUUCAGAAAAUUAUAGUGAGGUUAGUCUUUCUGAAAGUCAAGAGCAGGAAGGUUGUCAGUCCUACACUGAAGAGCAAAAUGUCUUUCACGUUCUGGAUGAAAGCAAUAUGCAAGAACCUGAAAAUAGUCACAUGAAUUGUUACCCUAGUUCACGCUUAUCUGCAGCUACAAUGAAAUGGCUGGUAGAUAAUUAUGAAAUAGCUGAUGGGAUGAGUGUGCCCAGAAGUACAAUGUAUAGUCAUUAUUUGAAACACUGCAAUGAACAAAAAAUGGAACCACUCAAUGCUGCAUCUUUUGGAAAAUUAAUUCGUGCUGUUUUUACUGGUUUAAGAACAAGAAGACUCGGUACUAGGGGGAAUUCUAAAUAUCAUUACUAUGGCAUACGUUUAAAACCAUCUUCAUCAAUAAAUAAGAAUAUGGAGAAUCUUGUGAAUUCAACUUACAAGUACAAUACCUAUAUGCGCCGUAUGAAACAAGAACAUGCUACAAAAAUGGAAGCAUCUGCUUGCAGUCCCAAAAAGAGUUUUGACACUAGUGAGCGAGAUAAAAAGCGAAUUGCAUAUGACCAAACAAAAUCACAUGAAGUGUACUUAGGAGAUGCUUCUACUGCAAUACCCAAUGUAGAAAUAACAUGUAUCAAUGCAGCUUGCUUGCCUCAAGGAAUAACACUAGAAAAAAUUAAUGUGUUCAGAAAUUCUUAUAGGAAACAUUGUGAGUUUAUUCUGGAAGCAGUUGUUAAUUUUCAAUUUUCUGAUGUUGAAAAUCUAUGGCACAAGUUUUGGAACUCUGUUGAAAAUCCAAGUCAAAGUGAUUUUUACCUUUCAAGAACACAACUUUUGCUACUAUUGUCUUAUGAUCCUAUUAAAGAAUUUGUGAAACAAACUGACUAUCAGUUUUAUCAAAAUGUAGUUGAUGUAUUAAUACCUGAUGUCUUAAGGCCUAUCCCUAGUACUCUUACGCAAGCCAUACGAAAUUUCGCCAAGAGCUUAGAAGGAUGGUUGAGAGCAGCUGUAAGAAAUUGUGGAGAUGAUAUUUUAAAUAUCAAACUCAGUGCCAUUAGUGCCUUUGCUCAGACCUUGAGACGUUAUACCUCUUUGAAUCAUUUAGCUCAAGCUGCCAGAGCAGUUUUACAAAGUUCAACACAAAUCAAACAAAUGACAGCUGACCUUAGCAAAGUUGAUUUCCGAAACAUUCAGGAACAAGCUUCUUGGGUCUGUCAAUGCGAAGAUGACUCUGUUCGUCAACUACUGAGUGAAUUUCGUCAAACCUUGCAGCAUCACUUGUGGCUUGAGGAAUGGGCCAGUUGGCUUGAAAAUAUUGUUCACAAAACUUUGGAGCCUUAUGAAGGAAAACCUGCAUAUCCUAAAGCGGCUCGUCAAUUUCUCUUGAAAUGGUCAUUUUACAGUUCGCUUGUUAUUCGGGAUUUGACACUUCGUAGUGCUGCAAGUUUCGGAUCUUUUCAUCUUCUUAGGCUUUUAUAUGAUGAAUACAUGUUUUUCGUCAUUGAACACUGUAUUGCCAAAGCUACAGGGACAACAAGUAUUGCUGUUAUGGGAGAAUACUUGUGCUCAGGACAACCAGAAGGAUUAACAGAAAUGUCUGAUGUUAUAGAGAGCAGUGAUGAUCUCUAUGUAUGCUCGGAAUCAGAUGAUCUGCAACAAAAUGGCUCAGCCGAAGAGAAUGUGGAAUCUAGUCAUGCUGUAAAGUUGAUUAAAACGCCAGCAGAUUCAUGUUAA